CUUCAUACUUCCAUAUUGUAAAUUUGAACACAAUAUAUCAGCUUGAUGUUUAGAUUAGUUUUGUAAUAUAUGUCAGUUAAAUGCAUAAUUACAUAAGUAUACGACUUAUUGCAAAGAUAAAAAAUCAGACAUCAGCACAAGUGACGAACGCUGACGCCUCCAACUGACAGCCAAUACAAACCCAUCAGAGAACAUCAGAGGCUGAAUGUACAACAGGUAGUUGAGGCAGUACAAUAUUGGUAAUUCCUGUCAGUGUUUGCCAACACUGUAAUGACCAUCUACAACCUUUACUUGUUUGACCGGGACGGCCAACUUCUUCACUAUGCUGAGUGGACACGCAAUAAACAAUCUGGAAUGACAAGAGAAGAGGAAGCUAAGUUGAUGUAUGGAAUGAUAUUCUCAAUCAAAUCAUUUGUCACAAAGGUGUCCCCUAUAGAUCUGAGAGAAGGUUACCUCACCUACACCACCAACAAGUACCGUCUUAACCUUUAUGAGACACCAUCAAGAUUCAAGUUCAUUCUGAAUACUGAUGUUCAUGCUCAGGGCAUUAAAGAACUUCUCCACCAAAUAUACACACAGGUGUAUGUGGAGUAUGUAGUGUGCAACCCACUUUGUCAGCUCAAUAAACCCAUUGAGAGUGAACUGUUUGCUGCCAAACUUGAUGAAGUUGUUAAACAAAGUCCUGCAUAUGCAUCAAGACCAGCAUAGAUGAUAUGACAAUAUUUGUGGAAUUUAUAACGUCUCAUUAUACAGUAUUGUUAUAGAAACAAUAGAUAUUACUUCAGAGUAAGUGAACUGUCUUACAGUAUGAUAUAGCACUCUUGUUUUAAUUUACAUAAUAAUGUUCAAAGGAAUAAACGGGGGAAAAGAAGCUGAAAACUAUGGUUUGAACGUGUCUUUCUUAUUUUUGGAAUUGAUUUUUGUAAAAUUAAGGUCCAUGGUUCUGAUUUACAGUACAGCACAGUGUACAGUAUACAUAUACACAGUAUAUACUGUACAGUAUAUUGAACUGUAUGCAGAGGCAUUUACAUUAUUAAUACUGAAUAUUCCAAAUUUAUUAAAAACUGAUAAUAAAUGCCAAUAUAGACUGAUAUUUAUGCAAGUUUCAGAUUUCUGCACCAUUUUUUAACAUACUGUACGUGUACUGCAUAUAUUUAAUUUCAGUGUACUGUAUACAUUAAUUAUGAACACUAAAUCUAAAUUAACUGAACAUGCAGAAAUUAUAAUGACUUUUAGAUAGAUCUAAUCUGUACUAGUAUAAUACAGUACUGUACUGUAUACAUUUCAGUAGGUAUCCCUCGUUUAAUGUUGGGGUUGUGAUCUUGAAAAACCUAGCGUUAAGUGAAACUCGCUAAACAAGGGGUAACAGCAAAGUACGGAAGGUGAACAACAGAUUCAAACAGCAGGGUGGUAAACACUAAGUACAGUAGUAUACUGUAAUUUACUCCCAAAUAAUAAUAAUAAACGAGUUUGUUAUAAACGUUUUUAAAGUUAAA